CACCAAGCUCGGUGUUACAAUAGCAAUCUGUGCCCGUGGGUGGAAACAGCUUCAUUUUCACCUUGUACCGCGCAUAUCCCUUCCCAUUUCAAGCCCGGAUGCAAAUCGACAUCACAUUAUCUCCCCUCAAUCAAACAAAUGCUUCAACGGUCUGGCUGAUCCUCUGAUAAUCGUUGGUCACCCGCGUCAUAGUCGGCUUUGGCUUGUAUCUGCGAACUCCGACAACUUUACCUGGGCAGACCAAUUUUGCCGCAUUCUGCGCUGCUCAAAUUGCAACCCACACUUCCAGUGCAGGUCCAGCGCGGUUGCAUGUGCGGCGAGACUCAACGAGACCUGCCUGGAUUUCCUUCGGUCCGACUGGUGCUCCUCGAUGUCAUAUCACGCCUUUAAAAUUUUUGCCGCCAAAUCGACACUAAACCACUGUCAAUUUCUGGCCUCUACUGAAGCUGCCUGUCUCCUACGCACUCUGCUCUGCGCCUGAGACUUUCCACUGGUUCCCGUUGGCUGGAGACCUGGAGGCUUUGGACCGUAAGGCGCUGGUAGUUGGACUGAGACAAGCGCAUGGAACAUUAGUUGUUGUUACACCGAGCUCAAUUGUACCGAUUGCCAGUAUCGUCAUUCCUUGGUCGUUCGACGAGACGCCUACAAUCGCAACAAGCGGCCCUCCGUACCACAACGUCGUGGUUCAGAGUCUUGGAAGUAUUGGUGACUGGGAAGUCCAUCCAGGGGUACGGCAUUCCCUGAGCGAGGGCACGAGGGCAAGAACAAGUAUUUGUUUCCAUCUGUUGGCGAAUACAUCUUGUCCUGUGUCACAAUCAGCCAUUUGGAAUUGUGCGACUUGCGCACCAAGGCAUGAGCGGCCCCUACGACCAUGGCAUGAAUAUGCCAAUCCCUAAUAUGCUGGAUGCAGCCUAUCCGAUCUACGAUGGCACUUUCAAUGCAGCAUAUCCCCGGUUGUCGGGUCCUCCAACUCAUUUUGACGGUGUUGCCUUCUGGUACAAUCCUACCAACACCGAACAACUUUAUGACAGGCAGGCAAGCCUUCUCAGUGGCCGGCGUGGAGGAGCGCAUGCAAAUAGCAUGGACACUUCCGCUGUCAAACACCGUCGAACCCGCAGUGGUUGCUUUACUUGCCGCAGCAGAAGAGUGAAGUGUGAUGAGACGAGGCCUGUCUGCGACAGAUGCAAGAAGGGUAAUCGUGAAUGCGAGUUUCCGCAGACCACCCAGUCUUCGAAGCGAUCCAAGCAAGGCGACAGUCGCGGCACCAAGGAUCAGGCGGCGAAGCAUGAAGUCAAAGAUGAGAGCAUGACCGGGUUGCCCACUAUAAAAGACGAGAGCGAGGAAGACGAGUCUCCACUGUCUCCGACGACAACACGACCACCACCACUGCGAAGCGACAGCGGCCAAUCAGUGCCACGCAGUACAAAACCCAAGAAUGCUUCAGAGGCAUCCUCUGGCGUCAAGGAUCAAACCAGUCCACAAUCGAGCGAAGCAUCGGACGCUCGCUCAAGAGACGAUACACCUGCAUCAUCAUUGCGCACAGUUGGCAAUUCUGCGGAAAUGCAAGCUCGACAGGCAAAGAUAAAGUCCUUGAAGCCCGAUCUUCAAAGAUAUCUACAAUUCCAGCAAGAGUAUAUGACCUUCUACCACUACUUCUUCAAGCUCGACCCGACGGACUUUGUGCAUGCAGAGUUUAUCGACCUUGCUUUGACCUACGAGCCGCUGCUAUAUGCUGCUGUCGGUUUUGCGGCGUACCAUUACGAGCUGAAGCAGCCUGAACCCAAGUUGUCGCAUUUCUUGGGGUACCAUAGCAGAUCGCUGUCAAUGCUCAGGAAAUCGUUGGAGAAGAACACAAAGGUCACCGAGGCCACUCUUCUUACUGUUUUACAAUUGGCCACCUUCGAAGAAUAUAUUGGCGAUUGGGUGAAUCUGGUGGGGCAUCAUCGUGCGGCUCUUACUAUGGCGCGUGAUCUUUACACCCCAGGUACGAUGAUGGAGUCGGACGUGGGAAGACGUAUCUUCAGCUGGAUCGCUCGCUUGGAUGUCAUGGUGGGUCUCAUGGCCGGCAACGAGACGCGACUGGACCGUCAAUGGUUCGAGGCGAACGCUGCAUGGUACCACAGUCAGGUCGAGAGCGACCCAGAAGUCGAUGUCGACAUCGAGAACACCAUGGCAUACUUUGUAUCCUCAAAUCGACUGAUUGGCAUGGACAUGGCUGCUCUGUUCGCCAAGUUUGCCAAACGCGAGAUCAGCGUGGAGACAUUUUGCGCCGAAAACAGCGAGAUUGUUGGGAGGGUCGAGGCUAUGAAACGCCAGAUCGAAUUGUUCAACGACGAAUACUACAGGGUACAAGAGUUCCCGGUAGAGAAGACUCGACCUUUGACCGAAGAAGAUAUUGUCAAUCCUUAUGUUCCGGGAGGCCUCUUUAAGGACGUCCUCUGGCCUCUGAACUUCAUGUGGAUCGACUGGUACAGCAUUGAGCUAUUGCAGAGAUACCAGACGGCGGUUAUGCUUCAGCAGCCGAUGCCUCCUGAAUUGGAACAGAUCAGUCUGGAACAGUGUCGAAUCUACGAGGCCAUGGAGCGGUGGCCGGAUGCUCCAACCGGAUCCAUCUUGGGAGCACAUGCGCCUCUGGGACUUGCUUCGGUUUUCCUGAACAAAGAUGCUAGACACGUCAUGUGGAUGCGAAGAAAAUUUGCCGCUGUGGAAAGACAAGGCUACAUUUUCCCACCGUCCUUUCGACAAAAGAUGGCUGAAAGGUGGGGUUUGACGCACGACGAGGUCGGUGAAAAUGAAGCCGUGGAAAAUUGGUGGCUACCCAAUGACGAAGGGAACAUUCCUAUGUUGAAGGAGAUCCGCAAAGUGGUGACAGAAAGGCAUGAAAGCGAUACGAUCACCAGCGUCGAGUCCCUUGCCAGCGUCCGAGACCUCAAGGCCAUCUUCGAAAAGCUGGAUCUUCGCACUCAAUCGGCUGGGAAAUCGGGGGGUAGUGAUGGACAAUUCAGCCCCAAAAGUGAUACCAGUGGUGGACUCAGCGACCGCGCAAGCAAUCCCAGUUUCAGUCCCACCAGUGUGAACUUCGGUGACGCAGCGAAAGGGAACAGCAUAUCGGUAGCUGUGCAAGAUGGAGCUGGUUCCUCGAACCGAAGAGACAAGCGAUCUGGCUCGACUUCAUGAGAAGAUGAUGAAAGUGACUGCAGGGCUUUUUCGGAAGCCUUGUCGGCAACGAUAUAUUUUCAUGCGCCAACGACGCGAGACGAGCGACAAAGGAAUUAUAGAAUGGCCUGAGCUGCUCGUCACAAAACUCCUCAAAGGAUCGGACGCUUCGAUCUCCGUCCUCCUAGCAUUGGUGCCUAGGCACGACGACGUCGAGUUCGUCUGACUAGGCAGACGACCCUUCAACUGGUUUCAUCCCUUUCAUCGCUGCGAUAUUAUUGUUCUCUUUUACAACAGACCCACUUUCACCUCGCAUGUUUCAAUCCUGGUGGGAGGAAAGUAUUUUUGCUACAGCACAAUUCUAAACUUCUGAUUGUGCGGCCAUAGAAGAAGCAUUUGUUUCGAUUCUGUCUCAACUCGGUCCGCCGUCUGUCUCUUGAAUCGGCAGAGCUGGGCAGCGUGGUGCGACUCGAACAUCUGCAAGCUUCAUCAUAUACCAGGGAUCUUCUCGCUCUUUCCUCUUAGAGACGUAUAUAUAAAUCUAUACUCAUCAGCAAAAGAAGGCGCAGUGCUCCAGGCGGCUCACGCCUAUCGAGCCAGUUUUGGCAACGAGGAAAAAUGAAAGGGCAAAAUUGCUA